UCACUGAUCAUGGCUCUGCCAUGAUUCUUGGGGUAUUAAUACCAGUCCGGACUGCUCAGAAUGGACCUCACCUGUCUCGCUAGCCCAGAAGCCUCUAAGCCUCCUGAUCUCCCCCCGGGGCUCCCCAUAUUCAUGAAGCUCAUUCUCCUGAUUUUGAUGGUUACCCUGCUCCUGGUCAAGGUCACCCAAGCCAUGUACUGCUGGAAUAAGUUGGGAAAGUGCCAAACAACGUGUAAAGACAGUGAAGUAUUCUAUAUAUUAUGCAGAGAUGAGACCAAGUGUUGUGUCAACCCCAAGCAUGUACCUGUCAAAACUAGAUCCUUAAAUGCAACUGGAAGGCUGGAGUAACUUCUGGAGUCUGACCCAUCUCGUCCAACUUUGAGUCCGACAUCAUCGGAGCCCACAGUUCUAUUAAAUCAUUCUUCACUCUACCA